AUGUUAAGAGUUAGCAUUGUUGAAGCUGUGAGUGAACUCUUCAAAGGGAGAACAGUAUUAUUUAGAAAUUCCAGUGUCCCUGGAAGAUAUAAUUACCAGCCAAAUAACUAUUUGCUUUCUCUUUGCAGUAUCUCUGUUCGCUGUGGAAAGAAGCAUAAACUAGAAGAGGAGACAGAAGGUUGUCCCGUGAAGAAGAAGAGACUGACAGGAGCCAAAAUUUCCCCUUUGAAUCCCAGCACUGAAGAAUGGAUUCUCUGUGCAGGUCAGCAGGCAGCUGGGGAGGUAGCAAGUCAGUAUGGUGGCAGCCGCCCUGAAGCUGCUAUGUUAGAAAAUCCCGGUGAAGAAAUGGAUCAGACAAUGGGGGAACAGCAAUGCGAGGUUGCUCGCAGGAAGCUUCAGGAGAUUGAGGACAGGAUAAUUGAUGAAGAUGAGGAAGUUCAUGCUGAUGGAAAUAUUAGCAAUCUGCCCACUCUUAUCCUGUCAGAUACCCUUAAAAAAGGGAUGAAGAGGGAUUUUGGUGAAGUCCUGACAAAGAAAAUAAUAGAAUCUAUGAGCCGUCCUUCUAUGGAGCUGGUGCUUUGGAAACCUCUUCCUGAAUUUCUCACAGACAAACUGACAACUGUUUCUGUCAAGAACUUCAAGCAGCAGAAUACAGAAGGGUGUCAAGCUAAGCAAUCAUCACCCGGAGCUGCUUUUCACCCACAGACUGACUCAUUCCCUGAACUGCAACAGACUGUAGUAUCUCCAAAUUUGUAUGAUAGCUUGGGGAUCCCUGGGUGUGCAGAAGAAGAAAUGGAAUUGUAGAUAUCAGAUUUUAGACUGAAGUGGUGACUUUCUGAUGUUUUUUAUUGUUUUUUUUUUUCUUUCAAUUCCCUGUUUAUUUCUGGUUUGAUGUGUGAAUCUGGAGUUUUAUUUUCUUGUUUGUUUGUUUUCUUUUGGUAACAAUCAUAUGAGUAUAGAUUGGCCAGACAUAUCUUCAGGAAAUUGCAAAAAAGACUUCUGUAGUCUGGUCUGUUAUACAUACUUUU